GUAGCACUAUGAAGCAUCGCACUCAAUUAUUCGGUCCUGCAAUUCAGUCGCUUGAGGUACUUUCGCCACUAUCCACCGAAUCAUAGUCCAGUUGCCGAAUCAUCCUACAGCUGUCUUCCGAGCACGAACCUCGCUCACACCUUUCCCGAUUCCAACUCACUACGGAAGCGCGCGUGCUCCCUCCGCCAUCUUCUGGGCCAACUCCACGAUCAAUGCAUAUAUGAUCGACCUAGGCUUGCUCUAUGCCUGCUUCAACUUCUACAUCUCUAGAUGCUGAUGACUAUAGCCCGAUAGACCACUUGAACGCUAUCUUCUCACACCCUGCAGCGCUCAGCUCUGUCUCCGACACUUCGCAAGCCUUGAGAUACUAUCAGGAUGACAUCGACGAGAAUAUUGCAGAGGCUGUUGCUGCCCAGACUGCCUCUGAUGCCGACAGUGUUCAGAGAAUACAGACAGCCAAGGCUGAGCUGGCAGAUCUAUUCAAGAAAAUUGAAGGGGUGAAGGCGCGCGCCUUCCAGACUGAGCAGACUAUCACCGAAAUGACGGCUGAUAUAAAGAGACUGGAUAGUACGAAACGAAAUCUCACGCUGUCAAUGACCGCGCUGAAACGACUGCAAAUGUUGACAACAGCUUACGAGCAAUUGCGAGGCCUGAGCAAAACAAGACAGUACAAAGAAUGCGGGCAGUUGUUACAAGCAGUUAUACAGUUAGUAGCACACUUCAAGAGUUAUCGGUCCAUUGAUCAGAUUGCCGCACUGAGUCGAAAUGUGGCAGAGCUACAGAGCGAGCUGCUGGAGCAAGUGUGUGAAGACUUCGAAGUGACCUUUGCCAAAGGAGAAGUUGCGCAAAAAAAAGGAAUGCUUGCGGAGGCGUGUCUUGUUAUGGACGCCCUAGGUGAUCAUGCAAAAGUGAGGCUUGUCAACUGGUAUUGUAACACUCAACUGCGCGAAUAUCGGCAAGUCUUCCGAGGCAACGACGAGGCCGGAUCGUUGGACAAUAUUUCCCGUCGAUAUUCUUGGUUCAAUCGCAUGCUGAAGACGUAUGAUGUAGAGCACUCGACCAUAUUUCCACCCCACUGGAAGGUAAAUGAGAUGCUUGCCAACUCAUUUUGUGAAGGCACACGUGAUGACUAUAAAAGCAUCCUCCAACGAGAAAUGCGCAGAACGGAUGGCCAGACGCUUGACGUGAAUCUGCUGUUGUCUUGUCUCCAGGAGACGCUAAACUUCGAGCACAGCCUUGAGAAACGCUUCUCAAAUGAUAUUUCUCGAAUGUCAAUCGACACAGCGGGAUCGAGAGACGAGGGUUCGCGAAGUUUCAACCAGUCUAUCUCCGAAGCAUUUGAGCCGUACAUGAGUCUCUGGGUCGAGUCGCAAGACAAGCAACUGGCAACUCUGAUACCGAGAUACCGCGCUGAGCCUCUUCGGAAUCCGGAGGAGGAUUUCUCAUCACAAGCUGUGAUCCCUUCUUCCACCGAACUGUUCCACUUUUAUAGACUCACACUUGCUCAAUGCGCGAAGUUGUCCACUGGAAAUAGGCUGCACGAGUUAUCAAAGACUUUUGCAAAAUAUCUUGACCAAUAUGGCCAGCAGGUUCUAUUCCACUUUUUAGGGGAGCGAACAGGUCCAAAUGCGCCUCCAAUCGAAGAUAUCAUCCUCAUUCUAAACACUGCAGAUUACUGCUAUAUCACAUGCAAUCAAUUGGAAGAGAAGAUCAAGGCUCGUAUCGAUGAAGACCUGCGGGACAAAGUUGACCUCCAAAGCCAAGCAGAUGCCUUCAUAGGCAUAGCAAGUGCCGCGGUACGAGCUUUGGUGCGCAAGGUUGAGCUUGACUGUGAGCCGACUUGGCGAGAGAUGCGCAAUUACCCCUGGGCCAAGCUGGAGCAAGUGGGAGACCAAAGCAGUUAUGUUGCGGAGUUGUUGAAGCACGUAAAGAAACGCGCGUCCGAAAUUCUGAAAAUGAUUCACAAACCGCAAUAUUCUAGGGCAUUUUGCGACAAUCUGAUCGACUCAAUGGCCACGUCAUACGUCACCAACAUCGUGCAAUGUCGACCAAUCUCUGAAGUUGGCGCAGAACAAAUGCUACUCGAUUCCUAUGUGCUCAAAAAAGGCUUCACUGACAUUCCCAUCAUCAACGAAGACCCCGGUACUACACCACCACAAACUUUUGUCAAACGCGUCAGUCAAACCAUGGCUAAGCUAGACCCUCUCCUCAAAACCCUCCAAGUCCGCCCUUUACCCCCUGAGGCUCUCGUUCAGGCCUAUCUUAUCCAUAUUGGCGACCGCUCCGAUACCAACUUCCGCAAAAUCCUCGACCUCAAGGGCAUCCGUAAACAAGACCAAGCAUCCCUCGUCGAUCUCUUCCUCGCCCACCGUUCCGGGCCUUCCCACAAAGACCUCCCGGCGUCCUCCCCUCUUCUCACACCUCUCCAGAUCUCCUCCAGCUCCUCAACCAUAUCUUCCUUGGGCGCCGGCCCUAUGCUAACGACGCCGAACUUGACCGGUGGCCGCUUCGAUCCAAGCACGUUUGGAAGUGCAAUCAUGAACGCGGCUAGGGAUGGCGUGGACAGAUUCGGCACGCCGACAAUUGGCGGUGGCGCUUCGAGUACGGCAUCGUCGAGUACGAGUCCAGCGCCCCCGGACGGUGGGCCCGGUGCGAAUCUAAAUGACAACUUGAGGAAUAUCGGGAGGUUCUUCCGCAGAGAGGGCACGUUUGGGCGGUUUGGCCGAGGCGGUGAUGGCGUGGCUUGACGCUGAUGAUAACUCAGAUGUAGUGUUGACGAAUACAAAAAUACCAUGAUUCUGUCU